GAGGAGACGCCCCUCCCUGGAGAAGACUCGGGGGGGGGGCGGUGUAUGUGAAGCUUGCACAGCUGGACAACUCUCUGCUCGGGCCUCCCCCCUCUCCCACCCUCAUUUCGACAGGGCUGCUCUUGUUCGUAGCUCUAUGGGCAGACGCAUUCGGAAAGGAACCCGAAGCACUUCGGGAAUGUCCAAGCCGAAGGGGAGGGGGAGGGGGGAGGAGCCCCUCCCUCCGAGGGGGCGCGUCCUUGGAGAGCCCCCAGGAAAGGAAAUCGGAAGAGAAUAGCGGACGAGGGAAGCGGAGGGCCAGAAAGGAGGACAAAGAGAAAUCAAAUAGGGUCCGUCCCCACCCCCACCCCCGUCGAAAGAAGACAAUGGAGAAGGCAGUCAAAAUUAUGGUGGGCCAUGUCCAAUAGGAAUAAUGAAGAAAUCAUUUAAAUACAUGGAGUGUGAAAAGAGAAAGGAGAAACAAUUUGAAAGUAUGGAGUGUGGGAAGAGCUUCAAUGGCAGUGGAACACUAAGAAAACAUCAACAGACUCACACAGGAGAGAAACCAUUUAAAUGCAUGGAGUGUGGAAAGAGCUUCAGUCAGAGUGGAAAACUUACAAUUCAUCAUCGAACUCACACUGGGGAGAAACCAUUUAAAUGCAUAGAGUGUGGAAAGAGCUUCAGUCAGAGUGGAAACCUUAGAAUUCAUCAACUGAGUCACACAGGAGAGAAACCAUUUAAAUGCAUGGAGUGCGGAAAGAGCUUCUGUCAGAGUGGAGACCUUAAAAUUCAUCAACGGACUCACACAGCGGAGAAACCCUUUAAAUGCAUGGAGUGUGGAAAGAGCUUCAGUCAGAAUGGACACCUUAGAAUUCAUCAACGGACUCACACAGGGGAGAAACCAUUUAAAUGCACGGAGUGUGGAAAGAGCUUCAGUCACAGUGGAACAUUAAGAAUUCAUCAACGACGUCACACGGGGGAGAAACCAUUUAAAUGCAUGGAGUGUGGAAAAAGCUUCACUGAGAGUGGAAAACUUAGAAAUCAUCAACGGGAACACACUGGGGAGAAACCAUUUAAAUGCAUGGAGUGUGGAAAGAGCUUCAGUCACAGUGGAACAUUAAGAAUUCAUCAACGAAGUCACACGGGGGAGAAACCAUUUCAAUGCAUGGAGUGUGGAAAGAGCUUCAGUCAGAGUGGAGACCUUAGAAUUCAUCAACGGACUCACACAGGAGAGAAACCAUUUAAAUGCAUGGAGUGUGGAAAGAGCUUCAGUCAGAGUGGAGACCUUAGAAUUCAUCAACGGACUCACACAGGAGAGAAACCAUUUAAAUGCAUGGAGUGUGGAAAGAGCUUCAGUCACAGUGGAACAUUAAGAAUUCAUCAACGAAGUCACACGGGGGAGAAACCAUUUCAAUGCAUGGAGUGUGGAAAGAGCUUCACUGAGAGUGGAAAACUUAGAAUUCAUCAAUGGACUCACACAGGAGAGAAGCCAUUUAAAUGCAUGGAAUGUGGAAAGAGCUUCACUAUUAUUGGAAACCUUAGAAGACAUCAACGGGAACACACUGGGGAGAAACCAUUUAAAUGUAUGGAGUGCGGAAAGAGCUACAGUCACAGUGGGGGCCUUAGAACCCAUCAACGGAGUCACACAGGAGAGAAACCAUUUGAAUGUAUGGAGUGUGGGAAGAGCUACAGUCAUAGUGGGGGCCUUAGAACCCAUCAACGGACUCACACUGGUGAGAAACCAUUUAAAUGCAUGGAGUGUGGAAAGAGCUUCACUGAGAGUGGAAAACUUAGAAUUCAUCAAAGGACUCACAGUGGGGAGAAACCAUUUAAUUGUACCGAGUGUGGAAAGAGCUUCAGUAGGAGUGGAGACCUUAGAAUUCAUCAAGGGAUUCACACGGGGCAUAAACCAUUUAAAUGCAUGAAUUGUGAAAAGAGCUUCAGUGGGAGUGGAGACCUUAGAAGACAUCAACGGACUCACACGGGGGAGAAACCAUUUCAAUGUAUGGAGUGUGGAAAGAGCUUCAGUCAGAGUGGACGUCUUACAAAACAUCAACAAAUUCAUACUGGGGAGAAACCAUCAAAGUCCUAGGGAAGUGGAUAGAGGUUCAGUUGUAGUGGAAGUCUUACAAACCACCUAAAGACUCUGAGGCGUAAGAGCUGUAAGAGUGGAAACUCUACAAGCCAUGAAUUAACUCAAAGAAGGGAAAUGGUUUAAAUAGAAGGAUUGUGGGUUGAACCUAUUUCUCUCUUUUUGUGUGUGUAAUAUAAUCUUUAUUGGUUUCCCAAACUUCAUACUUCCCAUAUAGAUUACAUUACAUUGUACAUUUGUAGCUUCCUUAUAUGAGCUGACUUCCCUUCUUCUUCUGACUUCUUCAUGUCGCUUUUAAAUUAUUUGCAUAGUCUUUGUUCGUCUUGUGCACUAUUGUUUGUUUACAGACUUAUCUAUUAAUUGUAAGUAGAUAACCCUUUCUAUAUAUACAAAUCUUGUCUAUCUUACUAUUUGUGGAUACAUUUAAUUAUUUUGAUUACCUUGUAGUUCAUGCUGUCAUUAUUACUGUUAAUCCAAUAAAAAUAUUUAUAUGCACAUUAUGAGGUUUAAUUCAAUUCUACUGGUUUCUCUAUUUCACACAAAUCUUUUCUAUAUUGAUAUAUAUAUCACAGAUUUUUCCCAUUCUUUUUGAAAUGUUUCAUCGAUCGCCCUGUUGUCGGAUUUUCCCCAUUAAUUUAGCCAGUUCUGUGUACUCCAAUACCUUCUGUUGCCAAUCUUCCACCGUUGGCACUUGUUGUUUCCACAUCUGAGCUAGCAAUAGUCUCGCCGCAGUUGUAGCAUAUGGGAACAGUUUUUGAUUAAUCUUCGCAAUAUCUUCUCCAACCAUUCCUAACAAGAAUGCUUCCGUUUUUUUUCUGGAAUGUGUAUAUAAGAAUAUUCUUUAAUUAAUUGUAUGUAAUCUCCCAGUAAGUUUUCACCUUGUUGCAUAAGCACCACACGUGGAAAAAAUACCUUCUUUCACCCCACAUUUCCAACCAUUUUUGUUUCCUGUUUUAUACAUCCUUAUUAGUUUGGUUGGAGUGAGGUGCCAUCUAUACAUCAUUUUAAAUAGAAUUUCUAUUAACAAUGUACAUGCCAUGAAUUUUAACCCUGUGUUCCAUAAUUUUGACCAUUUUUCAUAUUCAAUAUUAUGACCUACAUCCAUUGCCCAUUUGGUCAUAACAUCCUUAAUUUCUUCAUCUUUUGUAUGGCAUUUGAGUAAAAACUCAUAGAUUUUAGACAAUGUUUUUAUAUUGUUUUGUAAUACUGCCAUUUCUAGUAUUAAUUUUGUGUGUUCGAAACCUCUUGGUUUUUUUAUCUUUUAAAAUGAUAUCAUUCAUUUGAUGGUACACCAUCCAGCUUGUUAGCUUGUCCUUUAAUUCCUCAUAUGGCCUGAUCUUAAUUGUGUUAUUUUCUUCCACCAGCAUGUCUCUGUAAGUUAACCAUUCUCCCUCCAUAUUUCAUUUUUUUACUGAAAAGGGUUCCUGGGGUGACAACCACCAUAGUGUUUUCCUUUUAAACCAAUCCUGGUAUCUCGUACAUACCUCAUACAAAGGUCUUUUUAUAAUAUGGUUUAGAAAGUCUCGAUGUACUCUGGCCUUGUCUUACCAAAGGUAUGCAUGCCACCCAUAUCUGUUUCAAAACCCCUCCAAAUCUAAUAUAUCCGUAUUUCCAAUCUAAACCAUUCUUUCAGCCAUGUUAUACAUGCCGCUUCAUAAUAUAUUUUGAGAUCCGGCAAUGAGAAGCCACCCCUUUCCCUUUUAUCCGUCAGUAGUUUUAAUUUUAUUCUAGGUUUCUUCCCCUGCCACACAAACCUAGAAAUUGUUUUCUGGCAUUCUCCAAACUGGCCGAAUCCAGUAAUAAUUGGGAUGGUUUGGAAUAGGAAGAGCAUCUUGGGUAGGACACUCAUCUUGAUCAUGACUAUUCUCCCCCAGAAGGACAAUUUCAAUCUAUUCCAUAUUUCCAAAUUUGUUUUUACUUCCUUCCAUGUUAAUGUAUAAAGGUAAAGGGACCUCUGACCAUUAGGUCCAGUCGUGACCGACUCUGGGGUUGUGGCGCUCAUCUCGCAUUAUUGGCCAAGGGAGCUGCCAUACAGCUUCCAGGUCAUGUGGCCAGGGUACCUAUUUACCUACUUGCACUUUGACGUGCUUUCGAACUGCUAGAUAGGCAAAAGCUGGGACCGAACAACAGGCGCUCACCCCAUUGCGGGGAUUCAAAACGCCAACCUUCUGAUCAGCAAGCCCUAGGCUCUGCGGUUUAACCCACAGCGCCACCCGCGUCCCUAAUGUUAAUGUAUAAUUAUCCUUAAAUAAAUUUGUAUUUUUCAGGGACAGCCAGACAGCCAGAUACUUUAUUUUCUUUGCCACUGUUAUUCCCAUUUCACUCUUUAACUGAUCUGAUUGUUCUGCCUUCAUAUUUUUCACCAUCAUUUUUGUUUUAUUUUUAUUAGUAACUAGCUGUACCCAGCCUCAUGUUGCUGUAGCUCAUUCUGUUAAAUUGAAAAGAAAGAAAAGAGAUUGUGGAUGUUUGUAAGAUUUUUAAUAUCAUAAUACUUGUUGGUAGACAAUAUUUUUUGUUGUUCUAUUGUCUGUGAAGAUGUAUAGAUUUUCUGGUUUGCCAACUCUGGAGCACCCAACAUCAGCUUGGGAGUUGGCCACCCCUGCUAUAAGGGAUCAUUCCUGCUAAAUCAAGGCAUAUAUACCACCUUCAUGUAUCUGGUGUUACACAGAUCCUGAAGCUUCUCCUUGGUAAAAUGAGUUAAAACAAUUUUAAAAUGUGUAAAGGUUGGCACACUGCAGAGUAGCAGGUGGAAUAAGGAAAUGUGGUCAUAAAUUGAUCUAAUCUAAAUAUUGGACUACGCAAUAGUGUGAUCUAUUAGAAAGCAUAAAAUGCACGAGAAUCCUCCAUUGGGGUGUGAGCAAUAAGACACUACUAUACAUUAAACAUAAAAGCAAUUACACACAAAAAUUGGGUCUCCCCCCCCCCUUUGUGGAAAUCACAUACUGUCAAUGUGUCUGCAUAAUAUCACAAAACAUAAUAAUAAUUAUAUCAGUUGCAUAUCUUGAGGCAAUUGUGAUCUUGAGACAAUUCUUGCUGCUUUUACAUAUCUUUUCGAUCCUAGGGCACAGAGUCCUGAGGUCAAAAGGAGAGAAAAUGUCCUUACAAUUCAACUGUUCAACAACCCCCCCCCCUUUUGUCCCCAAGUCAUUUAUGGGAAACAAUGGCUGUGGCCCUUCUGAUGCUGUUGGGCUGUAGGUUCAUUAUCCAGUCUUCAGAAAUAAUCAUUUGAAGAGAUAGCCUGCAGAAGGACAAGGGUGUUUGGGACUAAAAGACACAGGAGGGAGGGGGGGAACCAAAAAGGGAGAGUAUCCUGUGUAUUUCCAUAAUAUUAUCACAUUUCCAAACAAUUAUUACUGUUCUUAUCUGUUCUUAUCUGCUCAGUUUACUUUACUUUACCUAGUCCCCCCCCCCAAAAAAAAUAUUUUACAGGAAAUUACAGGAAAGACUGAAUUAGACAUUACAUCCACAUGUAAAGAAAGAAAAGGGUAGAAAUACAAUAUUUUAUAUGUGUGUGUGUUUGUGUGUGUGUGUGUGUGUGUGUGUGUAAAAUAUGCAUGGACGAUGACUUUUAUCCAACACCACUUGACCGAUUGCGUUGAAAUUUGAACAUUCCAUUCCAAUAUGUGUUUGCAUAAACUUAGAUUACACAGAUGUCACACCUGUCACAGGUAGCAAUGUGAUUUUGUGUAAAAAUAAUAGCACCCUCCAGUGGGCGUCAAAGGAACAGACGUCAUUUGUGUAGUACCACCCCACACCCCACACACCCCUCCUCCUCCUACCUCGGCACUACCCACCC